CGCUGAGACCGCGCCUGCGCAUCGCCGGGACGAGGUCUAGGUGGCGGCAUGGAUCCUGUGGCGCCGCGGAGCGAGCUGGUGUCGGCCGAGGGCCGGAACCGGAAGGCGGUGCUGUGCCAGCGCUGCGGCUCCCGCGUGCUGCAGCCCGGCACCGCGCUCUUCUCCCGCCGGCAGCUUUUCCUUCCCUCCAUGAGGAAGAAGCCGGCGCUGGCUGAUGGCAGCAGCCCCGAGGGUGACCUCCUCCAGGAGCACUGGCUGGUUGACGACAUGUUCAUCUUUGAGAACGUGGGCUUCACCAAGGACGUGGGCAACGUGAAGUUCCUUGUCUGCGCAGACUGUGAAAUCGGACCCAUCGGUUGGCAUUGCCUGGACGACAAGAAGAGUUUCUAUGUGGCCUUGGAGCGGGUUUCCCAUGAGUAACGGAGGGGCUCAGCCCCGGCCCCACUAUAAAAGCCACUCCCCACGAGGACUGGCGUCUCUGGGACAACUUUCUCUGCCGCCUUCUCUGUGCUCACGUAAUCGUGCGUAUCUGCGCCUCAUCACACUCACCUUACAGCCGCGAGCUCGCUUCGCGUCAUGGCAUUUCCCAGUCUCCCUUUUCCCCCAGUUUGGGACACAGGGAUACUUCCCCAGAUCUACGCCCACCCCACUCCGCCCCCAGCCUUCUGCUCUCCUGCAUCUGGGGGCUCCCUUGUUUCUUGCCCUCAGAGAGCAGUGUUCAGCCUUUUAGCCACGAUGACACGUGACAUCUGGUGCCCUUGUGCUGAUGGUUGAAAUUCACCUUUUUCUCUCUCAUUCAAGAAAGUGCAUGAGCAUCUCAGAGGACUUUGCUGUGUGGCUGACUUUAUGUGCAGUAAUUUAUUCUUUCUAAAAGUAAAGCAUUUACAAACUGCAGCAUUUAAACCACUAACUGGAAACAUUACUUUGGGCACACCUCUGAUAUCAUGUGUGAGGGCCUCUGCUCUAGGCGGACAGUGACUUUUUGUUAUGAAGGUCGAUGUGACCCUUCUUCCUGCAGAUCUUGAUGUAGUUUCUCUUCAUAUGAGCUCCUCACUGCUGUAGCCUCUAAGCUGAAGUUCAGAUUUUCAACCCCAUCUGUCAGGCACCCCAAGGAAAACUCAGCACUGCUGUUUCACAGGGUCUCUGGGAAUCAGAGUGGGCUGCAGCAGGGCUGGGUCAUAUGUGAGCUUAUAGGUUUGUCUUAUCUGGAUACAGAACUCUUCCUUUGCUCCUAGGAAGGACUUCCAUUAGUGGGUGGUGCCGUACAGACCCUCCUGUGUGUGGUCCUCACUGAGUGCUGGCUUAGUCAGGCUCUGGACCAGCCCAGAUGCAGGCUGUCCAUCAGAUGCCUCUGUGUGUAGCCGGCAGUGCUCCAACAGCUUGGUGUUCGGUGUGACUUUCAGCUCUGCAUUUCUCUCCUGAGAAGACUCACCAUCUCAGAGGGACACAGUGUAGCCAGGUGUCAGGUCCCCUCCUGCCACCCCUGCCUCUGAGCCUCAGGACCCCAGAACUGAAUGGGGACUAAAUGGAGACCUUGCCAACAUUCCUUCGCAGCUGUGUCCUGGUUGCUUCCUCCUCCUCCUCCUCAGAGCUUAUUCUGAGGGCUUCCCGACUAAUUGUGGGUCUUGGGCACAGUUUUGCAACCAGCCUCCUCUCCAGAAAGGUGGCUUCCUUCCCUGGCCAUACCUUCUGAGCUCUGGCAGAAAAUCAGAGAAUGCUUUUCCAGACAGUCAGUCAGAUGUCCAUGAUUGUGGCAUUUGUGAGAACAUCCACUCAGGUCAGGAGGGACAAAACCAAGUAGAUGACCCUUGGACACAUGGCCCCUCUUUUCACAAGCCAAACCUCGGCACAGCAUUCUAGACCUACUUUUUUUCCCCCUUUUUUAAUCACAGAAGCAACACACAUUCACUGCAGAUAAAUACAAAAAUGGGUAUAAAAAUGUUUUUAAUUAUUCGUAUUUCCACUACCCAGAGAUUGCUGCUGAUGAUAAUGUGGUCUCUGUGGUUCUCAGUGUUUUUUAUAUGUGCUGUAUACAUAAACAUGGAGGGGUUUUUAAACAAACAAGAGAUCAUACUGUACUUUUCCACUUGACAAAGCACACUUCCCAUGUCGGUAGAGACCGUCUCUGCAUCACUGCUUUCAGUGCGCCUUGUGCUUCUGUUCUGUCAUUUAUGUAAACAGUCCACUGUUAGGUUGUCUCCAGUUCCUCAUAAACCAUGCAGUACAACUUGCAACCUUGUAAUUAGAUCUGUCCACGCACCCUCAUUAUCUCCUCAUUAGCAGUGGGAUUGCAGGGUUUGUGGGUCUUCAAGGCUUUGUGGUACCCAGCGAGCUGGCGAACAGCUGUGCUGGUCUGCCUCCUCCCAGCUGCUGACACUGGUUAGUUACUAUCAUUAAAUGAAUAUGUUGCCACUUUAAUGGGAGGAAAAAUAGUAUCUUGUUUUAAUUUGCAUUUAUUUUGUUUCUAAUGAAAUUUUUAUACACUUGUCAUUUGUAUUUCUUUUUUGAGAAUUGCCAAAGAUUGUUGCUCCAGUAGCCAAAAAUAUCGAGUGGUUGGUUAUUCUGCCUUUUCCGCUUGUUUGAAAGAAAUAAAGGCAUUUAAACAGUG